UGUGACUGUGGCGGUAGUAGUCAUGUACCAUCGCGUGUUAGUGGCGGGAAGAGUCGGGUCGGUUGUAGCAGGGAGGCAUGGCGUGAUUGCAGGUGGCCCCGUGCAUCACACACAACGCGGCAUGACCGCCGUUGUCCGAGGUUCGGCAGCAGCUUUGCCGGGGAAGCGAUGGGCACAGCAGCCGCACUACCAGGGACACCAGCAGGCGUGCGGCCUGUCGAGCAACGCUUCUCAGAAGCCUGCGGACGGCGCCGAGGGAGAGGGGUCCAAGGCGAGGCGCACGGAGGAGCAGGCGAAGAAGGUGGCGGAGCACAAGGCCGCGGAGAUGGAGUACAGGCUCAGGAUGACGGCCCUGAGGAAGGAGGUCCAGCGGGAGGUAAAGGACAAGCGAGAAGCCGAUGCAGUGACCGCCGCCCUGGAGCGCCGCCGUAUCGCCAAGAGGCAGGCCGCCGCUCGCGCCGAGCGAAAGAGGAAGGCCGCCAUCAGCAUCGCGUUGAACGAAGAGAGGAAGCAACAGCUCAAGGAAAACUAUGAGGCUGGAUACAGGGAGAGUGCUCGAGUAUUUUUCGAGCGGGAAGAACGCAAGAAAAACAUUCACGCGAUCCUGUUAGAGGAGCUGGAGGCCGAGAGCGAGCACUGGAUCAACACGCCAGAAGACGUGACCGCCAAGAUCACCGACGACCUCUGGGAGGCGCCGGGGAACAACACGGCGAAGGGACAGAUCAGCAUGCCGGACGAGCACCUCUGGCGGUUCUCCGCGGACGUGGGGCUCUACAACCAGGAGGAGGACCCGUCGGAGCGCGACCCCUACCUCCGGUCCCGGAUGUACUCCCGCAUGCAAGAGAUGCACACGGCGGGGACGUACGCGAGAGAGCGCCGCACCCGCUGGGACAACGACACGAGGGGCCUCCUCAAGGAGGCAGACCGACUCCUCCGAAAGAAGCGGCCGGGGCCGCCGGGGUACAUGUCGCGGCUGGAGUCGUCGGGCAAGGCGACCCAGUGGAAACCCAUGGAGGCGCAAUUCGGCGACGAGUGACCCACCCACUCCCGGCGGGCGGGCGGAGCAAGGGGCGUCGGCCAGUAUGGAGAGGCCGGCGCUCGGUGUGGUGGCGUGCUUUUGAGGGUCGCCCGUUGUGUAGACGCAAAUGCUGUGGUUUGGCAAGACGGGGUUGGGUGGUGUCUUCUAGCGCAUGCUCGUGCAAAACGGUACUAUUAGCCUCUGUUGGUGGUUGUUCAGUCUUGGCGGGCCAUCAGUAAAGCGGCUCCAUUCACUCCGGCCACCCCGUGCGCGUCUUUCUGUCCCUAUAACUGCGACCGAGACGGAGCAGGGGUGCCUGGUUGCUUUGGAUCGAAACAGAUCUCGUAUGGGUCCGGUAUCUUUGCUGCGUCGCAUGUUUUACGUGAGGAAUGUUAGCUCGUGAUAGCAGCAGAGUGGACGGAGGAACCCUUUUGCUGUUUGUGUUUCAUACGAACGGGAAUAUUUUUUGGGCAGCCAUAGCCGACGGGUCCCGGGGCAAAAGGCCAUGAGUGUGUCGAUUCUCACGCUUGAGCUCAAAAUCAAACUUUUCUCUUGAGUCAUCUCCCUCUUUAGGACAUGAAAUACCCUUUUUCGCGGGAGGCGUACCGGUGAGAUGGCUCGAUACCACGUAAGCCUUU